UGAUCGGUGCUCAGCAGUGCUGCCCACCAGUGCCACCCACCUGUGCCCAGCAGAGCCCACCAGUGCCACCCACUAGUGCCACCUACAUGUGUCCAGCAGUGCCACCCACCUGUGCCCACCAGUGCCACCCACCAAAGCCCAUCAUCAAUGCCCAGCAGUGCUGCCAGUCAGUGCCACCUAUCAGUGCUGACUAUCAGUACCCAUCAUCAGUGCUGCCUAUCAGUGCCGCCUAUCCAUGCCACCUCAUUAGUGCCGCCUAUCAGAGCUCUUCAGUACUGCCUAUCAGUGUCCAUCAGUGCUGCCUCAUC